ACCCACAGCAGAUGGCACCAGCCCUGCUUACGACUGAGACCAAACCAGACUCUCUACCUUACGACUGUGAGCAUGUCGGCACUUACAAUCCUCCUGAUCGCCAUUCUCGGACACAGGUUUGUGGAUUCCUCCAUAGUGUAUCAAUGGCAUGCCUUAGACUAUGAAUGGCCGAACAGUUCAGCCAAACAGGAAUUCAUCAAAAACGGAAGUUUCAUCAUAAAAAAUAACCACAUCUCCGGCAUAAAGGUCUACAACGAAAGUGUGUACGUGACGGUUCCUCGUUCGAGGAAAGGCGUUCCGUCUUCUCUCAAUGUAGUCGUGGUAAAGGAUGGGAAGGCAAUCCUCAGACCCUUCCCAAGCUGGGCCAUGCAGACUGUGGGGGACUGUUCAGCUAUCCAGUACUCUCAGAGUCUUGAGAUUGAUCCUUUAACUGGGUGGAUGUGGAUUAUUGACACUGGCUUACAGCGUAUCGCCGACCCGGGACAGUACUUGUGUCCUCCUAAGCUAGUUAUCUACGAUAUAAACAAGGACAAGGUUAUUCGAGUUCAUCAUUUUCCUGAAGCCGUGGCUCCAAAGAUGCGGACGUUCCUGAACGACAUCGUGGUUCAUAAAAUUUCAGGAAAGCCUGCCUUUGCUUACAUCACGGAUCCUGGAACAACCAGGCUUGUUGUUUAUGAUUUCAGAAGGGACAAAUCGUACACGUUUGCACACAGGAGCAUGUUAGCCGAGAGCGGCCCAUCUACCAUUAUCGAUUAUGACCACACGCAAUUCGAGACGCAUACACCGAUAGAUGGCAUUGCUCUUUCCCCCGACUUCCGGUAUCUUUACUACUGUUCCUUGGCAUCAAUGAAACUCUUUCGUGUUCCCACGUCAGUGCUUGCGCAAGAAAAUGGCGACAUUGGCACAUCUGUGAAAGACCUAGGAAGCAAAGUUUCCCAGACGGGUGGCAUGAUGGCUGGAAGUAAAAGUUUGUUUUACGGAGCGUUGGGUUUGAAUGCUGUCUACAAAUGGGAUUUCACUAAAGACAUGGCCAAUGCGGCGUCUGUUGACGACGUAACCAUGACAACACAGACUCUGGUGGCGAAGGAUGACACGAACAUGAAAUGGGUUGACAGCUUUGCUUUCGACACCAAUGGCUACCUCUGGUUUACAGUAAAUAACUUGCCCAGCUUCCUUCGGAAUACAAUGGAUUUUGUUAAUGCAACGGCCCCGUUUAAUAUGUUUAUUUGGAAGGUUUAUGUUGAUGAAAAGAAUUAUUUAUAAACCAUUCGACAUCAACCUGACAUCAAGCUGUUUUGUUUACCCCAAAAUAUUCUCAUUCUCCGGGACUUAAAACUAAUUACCUUUCACGUACGGCUUGUUUCGCUCUGUAAUAUAUUCUCCACCCGAUAUUACUGUUAGAAAACUAUUGCAUAUGUGUGAAUCAAACAACAUUGGCGAUGCUUACUUAUUCUGAUUAAAACAAGAUGACAAUCCCCCGGCCCCCAAAAUAGCAAAAUGCACCACUUCAGCCCCUGUACCAAGUUUGGAUGAAAUAUCUUUUACGGUUUUCAAGCUAUGCGCCGAGAAGAAAUACGGACGGACGGACGGACAAGAUGAUGACAAUGACCCCCGCAUUAUAUGCCGAGGGAAUAAAAAAGAUGCAUUCUUGUGAAGACUAAGUCCCGCGGAUGAAAAAAUACCGACGGUUACAACAGUACUGCCUUAUGUGUUCAGUCUGGUGAGCACAACCUCGUUAAUCCAGAUGCCACGUUUCCGGACUAACGAGGUUUCACUGUAUAUGAAAGGGCGUGAGAACGACAUUGAAACGUCGCUAUAUGCAAUAAAUAA